CAACCCUCCACGGCGCCACCAAAAAGAAAAAGAAAAAACGAUAAAAGGGAAGGGGAUAAGCUACUCAAACGAUACCACGAAAACCCCUCUCCUCUCGUCUCCUCCAACCCCCAUUCCCUGUCAAAGCUCUCUACAGAAACGGGGGCUGCUGUUGGAGUUGGGAGGAGUCGUUAGGAUUCAUUUCAUCAUCUGCCCAACCUUCCUUUUCCCUUGUUGUGUUCAUCGCCUUGUUCACUGCUCGAUUGUAAAGCUUCAACCUUUGACCUCAAAGCGAUGGCUUCUUCCACUGCCCAGAUUCACGCUCUCGGAGCUAUGGGGUUCGCCUCAUCUGGGUCAUCGAAGAAACCCAGUUUCUCCUUCGCCCCGAAGACCGUCUUCCUCGGUCAAACCCUGGGGGGUUCGAGGACGGCGGCGUUCCUGAGGUACAACGGCAGCGGGAGCACCAGGCGGAGGAGCUACGGGCCGUUGAGGGUUGUGAGCGAGAAAGUUGUGGGAAUCGAUUUGGGUACCACGAAUUCCGCUGUGGCGGCCAUGGAAGGAGGGAAGCCGACGAUUGUGACCAACGCGGAAGGGCAGAGGACCACGCCGUCCGUGGUGGCGUAUACCAAGAACGGGGAUAGGUUGGUGGGUCAAAUUGCCAAGCGCCAGGCCGUGGUGAACCCUGAGAACACUUUCUUCUCCGUGAAGAGGUUUAUCGGGAGGAAGAUGUUGGAAGUGGAUGAGGAAUCGAAGCAGGUUUCUUACAGGGUUGUGAGGGAUGAUAAUGGGAAUGUCAAGCUGGAUUGCCCUAUUUUGGGAAAGCAGUUUGCUGCUGAGGAGAUUUCAGCUCAGGUGUUGAGAAAGCUGGUUGAUGAUGCCUCCAAAUUUCUGAAUGACAAAGUGACUAAAGCUGUUGUCACUGUGCCGGCUUACUUCAACGACUCUCAAAGGACAGCAACAAAGGAUGCUGGCCGUAUUGCUGGGCUAGAAGUCCUUAGGAUCAUUAACGAGCCUACAGCUGCUUCGUUAGCUUAUGGGUUCGAGAGGAAGAAUAAUGAGACCAUCUUGGUGUUUGAUCUCGGUGGUGGUACCUUUGAUGUUUCAGUUCUUGAGGUUGGUGAUGGAGUCUUUGAAGUGCUCUCUACCUCAGGAGAUACUCAUUUGGGUGGUGACGAUUUCGACAAGAGAAUUGUUGAUUGGCUUGCUGCCGACUUUGAAAGGAAUGAAGGUAUUAAGCUGUUGAAGGACAAGCAAGCUCUCCAAAGGCUGACUGAGACAGCUGAGAAAGCUAAAAUGGAGCUAUCAUCUCUGACUCAAGCUAACAUUAGUUUGCCAUUCAUUACCGCUACCGCUGAGGGCCCGAAGCACAUCGAGACCACUCUUACACGGGUGAAGUUUGAGGAGCUGUGCUCUGAUCUCCUAGAUAGGCUUAAAACUCCAGUUGAGAAUUCUUUGAGGGACGCCAAACUCACCUUCAAAGACUUAGAUGAAGUCAUUCUAGUUGGUGGGUCGACACGUAUUCCCGCAGUACAAGAGCUUGUGAAGAAGCUAACGGGGAAGGAUCCUAAUGUCACUGUAAACCCUGAUGAAGUCGUUGCUCUUGGUGCUGCAGUUCAGGCUGGAGUUCUGUCCGGCGAUGUUAGUGACAUCGUGUUGUUGGAUGUCACACCAUUAUCUAUCGGGCUGGAGACCCUCGGAGGAGUGAUGACAAAGAUCAUCCCAAGGAACACAACGCUGCCAACAUCCAAAUCAGAGGUGUUCUCAACCGCAGCAGAUGGGCAGACCAGCGUUGAGAUCAACGUCCUUCAAGGCGAGCGAGAGUUUGUGAGGGACAACAAGUCUUUGGGAAGCUUCCGUUUGGACGGUAUCCCACCAGCACCACGUGGUGUUCCUCAGAUCGAGGUCAAGUUCGACAUUGAUGCCAAUGGGAUCCUCUCAGUCACUGCUGUUGAUAAGGGCACCGGGAAGAAGCAGGAUAUUACAAUCACUGGUGCCAGCACUCUGCCUAGUGAUGAGGUCCAGAGAAUGGUACAAGAAGCCGAGAGGUUUUCCAAGGAGGACAAGGAGAAGAGAGAUGCGAUCGACACCAAAAACCAGGCAGAUUCAGUGGUGUACCAGACCGAGAAGCAGCUGAAGGAGCUUGGAGACAAGGUCCCAGCUCCAGUCAAAGAGAAGGUCGAGGCCACGCUCCAAGAACUCAGGGACGCGAUUGCUGGAGGAUCCACUCAGACGAUAAAAGACGCGAUGACCACACUCAACCAAGAAGUGAUGCAACUCGGGCAGUCUCUCUACAGCCAGCAGGGCUCUCCAUCUGCCGGCGGUGAAGGUCCAGCUCCUGGAGGUGAGUCUGGUCCAUCCGAUUCGUCCUCGACAAAGGGUCCCGAUGGCGAUGUCAUCGAUGCCGAUUUCACCGACAGCAAAUGAGAUUGACUCUUGCCUUAGUUUAAGAGGGUUUUUCUUUUGGUUAAACUCUGGGGGGAAAGCUAGGGUGGAAACUGGAUCGUAGAAGAGAACUCGGUCAACACCCUUUUUUUUUCUUUUUUCUUUGCCUGCUUUGUUUGAUCAUGUUAUCUGCAACUCAAUUUUGGUGCAUACAAAGACUCGGGGAAGUUGUUUUGAUGGAUGGAACAAUACAGGAGGGAUAGUUCGAAGAUGAACAACGAUAGGUUGGUAGUAGACUUGGUUUUCAUGAUGGUAUCUCAUCUCUGGUUCAUUUUGCAUUGAGCAACUGUUGAAAUUCAAGUUUAGAAGCAGCCAGAGGUGAUGUUCUUGGUGAUCAAAUUCAAGGUCGACA